AUGGAUAAUAAUAUUAAUUUAGAAUACCCAGUUGAAACAAAUCCAUUAUUAGAAUAUGAAUUUGUUGAGAAUAUUGGAAGAGGUUCAAAUGCUUUGGUGUAUCUCUAUCGAGCUAAACAAACAAACCAAGAGUAUUGUGUAAAGCAUAUGGUUUUAGAUCCAACAUCAAGACAGUCUCAAUAUGUAAAUGAAAUAGAUAUUCUAUCAUUCUUUAAAGGUCAUCCUUUUAUAGUUACACUACACAAGCAUUUCUUCUAUCGUGGUAAUUUAUUCUUGCUAUUGGAAUACUCUAAAGAAGGUGAUCUUCAAGAAUAUUUAAAGAAAUAUGAAGAUUAUCUAACUGAAAAGCAAGUAUUGAGAUGGUUUAUUCAAAUUUGCUUAGCUUUACAUUCAUUACACAAUGCAGGAUUUGUACAUCGAGAUAUAAAACUAAAAAACAUAUUGUUAAUGAAUAACAAUGUGUUAAACUUGACUGAUUUCGGAACAUCUAUAGCGCUGUCAACAAAGAGUGAAAUAUUAAACUUCACUGGUACUCCUGCUUAUACUAGCCCUGAGAUGUAUAGUGGCAGAAAACAUAACUUUAAAACAGAUAUUUGGUCAUUAGGUGUAGUACUUUAUGAACUUAUAACAAAAGAACAAUGUUUUAGUCGAUAUUCGGAAAGAUUAAAACAAUUGGUACAGUCUAUUUUGACUAAUGCAAAAGAUAGACCUACAACUGCAUCAAUUUUGAAAAUGGAUAUUAUUAGAGAUUAUCUUGACAAUGAUGAUUUGGAAUUGCGUGAAAUAGUAAACAAGUAUUUAAUAGAGAAAUCAGUAAUCAGUUUAGAAGUUACUCAACAAUUACUAUUGAAAGGAUUAGAUGAUUUGAAGAAUAUUGACAAUGAUGAUGAUGAUGAUAGUAUCAAUAAACAAAUAACAACAAAUAUUAAAAGAUUAAAAGAUGGAUCAAUAGAUUUAGAUUCAAUUCCAAUGUAUUCAAAUACAAUAGAUGAUAAUGAUGAAAAACAAAUAGAAAUAAUUGAUGAAAGAAUAAGGAGAAUUAAGAAUAUAAAGAUGGUGGAAUUGGAUACAGAUGAUAUGUUUGUAAGGAAGAUCGGUAUAGAUAUCACAAGUUGUUGUCCGAAUUCCAAUGCUUUCGAGCUGGAGAUAUUUAGGAGUAGGUUGGAACAAGUGGAAAAAGCAUCACCUCUGAUCCUGGAGAAAUACAAGAACCACGGAAUCCACAAGAUGAUUCAAAUGAAACUCUGUGAACUACUCUGGGAGAACAAACCAGAUGAAGAAUACGUAGAUAUUCAACCUUAUUAUUUAAAUAAAUAUUCAAAUGACCUCUAA